UUUUCUUGACGGAGCCGGCCCACCGGACUGUCACCAGUGUCAAAACACCAACCGAACUGUCAAAGUUUGCGUUCGACUGUUUCCUGCGUUUCCGUCUUUCUUUCCCAACGUCAAGAUGGCUGAUCAGAACGAGCGUGCGUUCCAGAAGCAAAACGGUGUCAACCUGAACCGUAAACAGGUCAACAAGAAGAAGGGUCUGCGCCUGCACCACAGCAUCGGUCUCGGAUUCAAGACCCCCAAGGAGGCCAUCGCCGGUACCUACAUCGACAAGAAAUGCCCCUUCACCGGACACAUCGCCAUCCGUGGCCGCAUCCUGACCGGAGUGGUCCGUAAGAUGAAGAUGCAGCGGACGAUUGUGAUCCGUCGUGACUAUCUGCACUUCAUCCGCAAGUACGACCGUUUCGAGAAGCGCCACCGGAACCUGAGCGUGCAUCUGUCGCCGUGCUUUAGAGACGUUGAGGCCGGAGAUAUCGUGACCGUUGGCGAGUGCCGACCCCUGUCCAAAACCGUGCGCUUCAAUGUGCUGAAGGUGAGCAAGCUCGCCGGAGCCAAGAAGAAGUUCAACAAGUUCUAAUAUGCUAAGCGUGAGAAGAAUACGAGAGGCGGUAUGUUGUAACGGAAAGUGGAUGCAAGGAGAGAAAUAAAUUCCAUUGGAAAAAAAUCUAACACCGGAAA